CACCAUGGCAAGAGACAGACUCGCAGCUAUGCGGGCCCAGCAGCAGGGCGGCGCAUACAACACUAGCAACAACUCGUAUCCCUCCCAAGCAGCCGGAGGCUACGGUGGCGGCGCUGGCGGCGGCGGAGGCUACGGCCAGGGCGGGGGUUACGAGAUGGCAGAGGUCAACGCCCCCAGCGCUGGCGGUGGUGACAUGUCCGCAUUCUACACCGAGAUCUCCUCUAUCCAGGACAGCCUGCGCCAGUUCAACGAGAAUGUCGCGCGUAUCGGCGAGCUGCACUCGCGGUCACUCAACAACAUGGACGACGUCGCGGCGCAGCGCAAUGCCUCGCAGCUCGACGACAUGAUUGAGGAGACGAGCGCGCUGAGCGCGACGUUGAAGCGUCGCAUCAAGUCCCUUGAAAAACAGGGCGGCGCGGGGCGCGACGGUCAGAUUCGCAAGCAGCAGACCGCCCUUGUGAAGUCCAAGUUCGUCGAGGCCAUCCAAAACUACCAGACCGUCGAGCAGCAGUACCGCACAAAGUACAAGCAGCGCAUGGAACGCCAAUUCAAGAUUGUCAAGCCUGAUGCCUCACCCGAGGAAGUGCGCGCCGUCGUGAACGACGAGCAGGGCGGCCAGAUCUUCAGCCAAGCUCUCAUGAACUCGAGCCGGUACGGCGAGUCACGCGCAGCAUACCGUGAAGUUCAGGAACGGCAUGAAGACAUCAAGCGUAUCGAGCGGACGCUUGCCGAGCUGGCACAAUUGUUCAAUGAUAUGAGCGUCUUGGUUGAGCAACAAGACGAGACUAUCAACACCAUUGAGACGCAGGCUGCCGCCGUAGAGCAGGAUACAGAAGCCGGUCUUGGCUACACGGAGAAGGCAGUGAAGUCCGCCCGCGCCGCCCGCAAAAAGCGUUGGAUUUGCUUCUUCAUCACUCUCAUUGUCCUCGCCGUUAUCGGUAUCGUCGUUGGCGUUGUUGUCAGCAACAACAUCAAGUCCAACAACGGCGGCGGCGGAAGCAGUAACAACAACGGCCAAUAAGCGCGGUGCUCCCCCUCCGUAUAGACAUUAUCUAUCCUCUGGCGACGACCCCCUUCAUGACAUCCAGCUGCGGCUCCCUCUCCCGCGUGUGCAGGCUGCAUAUACCUCUCCCUGCCACAGUAUUACCCCUCACAUUCGUUUUUAUGUGGUCAUCCGUCCGCCCUCUCAUUCCCCGCUUUGCUGGUAGUACAUAGCUCUCGGACCUUCCGCGCAAGAGUUACUCUACUAGUGCUUCUACUGGAUUGGCUCUCAUCUAUCUGUUUAUAUCAUUCCAACGUUUCUCUUGGUAUCUGUUGGUCGCUAAUACUAUGAGGGCGUAUGUACGUGCCUCCGUUAGCAUGA